CGCAGCCCGGCCUGAAAACGGAGUUUCAACAGGCAGACUCAGUCUGGGAGCAGUGCUUUAGGGGAAAGGAAGUUCCCCCUUCCAAGGUCCGAAGCCCGCGGAACCAAAGCACCACACAAGCACUCGCCCUUUGCACUCGCUCGCUGGUUGCACGGCCGGAGCUCGCAACAACCCUACGCGGUGAUCACGGCCCGCCCUUUCCCGGCAGCGCCGUUGUCGACCGUCAUGACGCUCAACCUCCCGCCGCUGGGCGGGAACAGCAGCGGAGGGGCUCAUACGCAGCCGUCGCUGCCCUCGUUGCCCGCCCACUUGCAGUCCGAUACCCAGUUGACCGCCCACCUCGCCAGCCGCUUCCAUGUUUCCCUCCCGAUCGCCCGGCUCUCGUCCCAUGCGCUCAUCUGCAUCAACACGUACUCAAGCUCCUCCAAGGGCGAUGGCUCCCGCGACUCGUGCGCCAUGUCCGCGGCCGAGGACAUGGCCGAACGGGCCUUUCUCCGGCUGGGCCACCGCUCUGAGAACCAAGCAAUCCUCUUCCUCGGUGAAUCUGGCUCGGGGAAGACGACCGUCCGAUCUCACCUCCUGACCUCGCUCCUCAACCGCUCCUCCACCCCGCUCUCCGCCAAGGUGUCCCUUGCUGCCUACGUCUUCGACACACUCACCACCACGAAAACGGCCACGACGCCCACCGCCUCCAAAGCCGGCCUGUUCUACGAGCUCCAGUACGACACCGCCUCGACCACAAAUCCGGUGCUUCUUGGCGCCAAGCUGCUGGACCAUCGGUUAGAGCGGAGCAGGAUAACGGAUGUUCCGACGGGUGAGCGCAACUUCCACGUGCUGUACUACCUGCUGGCCGGCACGAGUGCGGCCGAGAAGGCGCACCUCGGCUUCGACGGGCCCGAGAAGCGGUGGAAGUACCUGGGCCACCCCACACAGCUCAAGGUGGGAAUCAACGAUGCCGAGGGCUUCCAGCUCUUCAAGACCGCCCUGCGGAAGCUCGAGUUCCCCCGCAGCGAGAUCGCCGAGAUCUGCCAGAUCCUGGCCAGCAUCCUGCACCUUGGACAGUUGGAAUUCGAGUCCAGGUCCAGCACGACCGUCACCGGCGACGACAGCGGCGGCUUCUCGCACGAAGGCGCCCAGACGACGACGGUGGUCAAGAACAAAGAUGUGCUUGGCAUCAUUGCCGCCUUCCUCGGCGUCAGCGCUGCUGAGCUGCAGACGACCUUGGGCUACAAGACCAAGAUGAUCCACAAGGAGAGGGUGACCGUCCUGCUCGACCCGGCCGGUGCCCGGGGGAAUGCGAACGAGCUAGCACGGACGCUGUACUCUCUGCUCGUGGCCUACGUGAUUGAGAGCAUCAACCAGAGGCUGUGUGCCGCCGAGGACUCGAUCGCAAACACCAUCUCUAUCGUCGACUUCCCCGGCUUCCAGCAACAGUCCUCGACCGGCUCGACUCUGGACCAGCUCCUGACCAAUGCCGCCACCGAGUCGCUGUACAACCUGACGCUGCAGAACUUCUUUGACCGUAAGGCAGACAUGCUCGAGACCGAGGAGGUGUCGGUGCCCGCGACCAGCUACUUCGACAAUUCGGACGCCGUCAAGGGCCUGCUGAAGCCGGGCAAUGGCCUCCUCAGCAUCCUGGACGACCAGACCCGCCGCCAUCGGACCGACAUGCAGAUGCUCGAGAGCUUGCGCAAGCGGUUCGAGGGCAAGAACCCGGCCAUCUCGGUCGGCGCGGCCACGGCCAAGCUUCCCGGCAGCAACUUCUACACCGAGAACACGGCCGCCACCUUCACCGUCAAGCACUUCGCCGGCGAGGUCGAAUACCCCGUCAAAGGGCUGGUCGAGGAGAACGGCGAAGUCAUCUCGGGCGAUCUCAUGAACCUGAUCAACUCGAGCAAGAGCUCCUUUGUCGCCCGUCUCUUCGGCCAGGAGGUGCUGCAGACCGUCGUCCACCCGCAGGAGCGGACCACCGUCAUGCAAGCCUCCGUCAGCUCCAGGCCGAUGCGCGCGCCCAGCAUCAUGUCGAAGCGUGGGCGGCCCGCUGCUCUCGCUGCCCGUGCCCGCGCUGCCGAGAGAGACAUGUCAGUCGGCCAGGGUAGCGACACCGGCGAGAAACGGACAGGCGGCAGCGCCCGCGCCUCGGAGCAGGGGGCGUCGGGCCAGUUCCUCUCGGCGCUCGAGAACGUGACGCGGUCCGUGACGGCACCCGGCACGAACUGCUACUUCGUCUUCUGCCUCAAGCCCAACGACCGCCGCAUCGCCAAUCAGUUCGACAGCAAGUGCGUGCGCGCGCAGGUGCAGACGUUCGGCAUCGCCGAGAUCAGCCAGCGCCUGCGGUCCACCGAUUUCAGCUUGUUCCUCCCGUUCGGCGAGUUCCUGGGCCUGGCGGACACCGAGACGAUGCUCGUGGGCAGCGAGCGCGAGAAGGUCGAGGUGGUGGUCGAGGACAAGCGGUGGCCGGCCAACGAAGUGGCCAUCGGCGCGACCGGCGUCUUCCUGAGCGAGCGCUGCUGGAUGGAGAUCGCGCAGUUGGGAGAGAGCUACUCCCAGUCAGGCCGGUACGGGCACUCGUCCGAUGCAGGCGACGCCGCGGAUCCGUUCCUGGCGUCCAAGGAACGCUUGGCUCCGGUGGGCGGAAUGGGCGAGAAGAAGGCCGGCUAUUUUGGCAGCAACGACGUGGACGCACGGUCCGAGGCGGGCGCGUCCGCCUAUGGGGGCGGCGACUUGUUCAAGAACCUCGACACGCGCGAGCAGAUGGCCGAGCGCGGCAACGAGAAGGACAUGGCCGAGGUUGACGAGUUCAGGGAUAGCCCCGCCCGCAAGCGCUGGGUUUUCGUCGUGCACAUGCUGACCUUCUUCAUACCCGACUUCCUCAUCCGGUGGCUGGGGCGCAUGCCGCGCAAGGAUGUGCGCAUGGCCUGGCGUGAGAAGCUGGCCAUCAACAUGAUCAUCUGGUUCAGCUGUCUGGUGGCCGCCUUCUUCAUCGUCCUCUUUCCCUCGUUGAUCUGUCCCCACCAGUACGUCUUCAGUCCGGCGGAGCUGGCCACGUACGACGGGAAGGACGGCCGCAGCGCCUACGCCGCGAUCCGCGGCCAGAUCUUCGACAUCGGCGCCUUCUCGACCCGUCACUACCCCCAGUAUCUGCCCGCCAAAUACAUCACGCAGUAUGGAGGCAUGGAUAUCACGUCGCUCUUCCCCGUGCAGGUGUCGGCUCUCUGCCAAGGCGUAAACGGCAGCAUCUCGCCUUCCGUCCUGCUCGACUACAAGUCCACCAACAUCACCGGAUCGGCGGCCGUCAUCAGCAGCCAAGACUUGAACUCGAAGUACCAUGACUUCCGGUACUUCACCAACGAUAGUCGGCCGGAUUGGUUUUCGCAGCAGAUCAAGAUGCUGCGGGCCAACUACAAGGUCGGCAACAUCGGCUACUCGGCCGAGUACGUGCGGACACUCAGCUCCAAGCAGCAGGUCAUUGCCAUCCUCAACAGCCGCGUCUACGACAUGACCACGUACGUCCAGGGCGGACGGCGACAGCAGAAUCCGCCGGGACAGCCGCCGCCGACGGACCCGGACGCUGUCAACUUUAUGCAUCCGCUCGUGGUGGAUCUCUUCCAGCAGAAAUCGGGUGACGAUAUCACGGCGCUCUGGCAGUCGCUGGGCAUCGACGCAAACAUGAAGAAGGCGAUGCAGCUGUGUCUCGACAAUCUCUUCUACGUCGCCGACGUCGACACGCGCGCGUCGGCCCGGUGCAUGUUCGCCGAGUACCUGGUCUUGGCCGUCUCGGUCCUCCUGGCCAGCGUCAUCGCCUUCAAGUUCUUCGCGGCGCUCCAGUUCGGCAUCAAGAACAUGCCCGAGAACCUGGAUAAGUUCAUCAUGUGCCAGAUCCCGGCCUACACGGAAGACGAGGAGUCCCUCCGGCGUGCCAUCGACUCGGCGGCGCGCAUGCGCUACGACGACAAGCGCAAGCUUCUGGUGAUCAUCUGCGACGGCAUGAUCAUCGGGCAGGGCAACGACCGCCCGACGCCGCGCAUCGUGCUCGACAUCCUGGGCGUGUCCGAGGCGGUCGACCCGGAGCCGCUCAGCUUCGAGUCGCUCGGCGAGGGUCUCAAGCAGCACAACAUGGGCAAGGUGUACUCGGGCCUGUACGAAGUGCAGGGCCACAUCGUGCCCUUCCUCGUCGUGGUCAAGGUCGGCAAGCCGUCCGAGGUGUCGCGCCCGGGCAACCGGGGCAAGCGGGACUCGCAGAUGAUCCUGAUGCGCUUCCUCAACCGGGUGCACUACAACCUGCCCAUGAGCCCGCUAGAGCUCGAGAUGUACCACCAGAUCCGCAACAUCAUCGGCGUCAACCCGACCUUCUACGAGUUCCUGCUCCAGAUCGACGCCGACACGGUGGUCGCGCCCGACUCGGCCACGCGCAUGGUGUCGGCCUUCCUCGACGACACGCGCCUGAUCGCCGUGUGCGGCGAGACGGCGCUGACCAACGCCAAGUCGUCCUUCAUCACCAUGAUCCAGGUGUACGAGUACUACAUCUCGCACAACCUGUCCAAGGCGUUCGAGUCGCUGUUCGGGUCCGUGACGUGCUUGCCCGGCUGCUUCUCCAUGUACCGCAUCCGCGCCGCCGAGACGGGCAAGCCGCUGUUCGUCAGCCGCGAGGUCGUCGAGGCGUACUCGACCAUCCGCGUCGACACGCUGCACAUGAAGAACCUGCUGCACCUGGGCGAGGACCGCUACCUCACGACGCUGCUGCUCAAGUACCACUCCAAGUACAAGACCAAGUACAUCUUCAGCGCGCACGCCUGGACCAUCGCGCCGGACUCGUGGACCGUCUUCCUCUCGCAGCGGCGCCGCUGGAUCAACUCGACCGUGCACAACCUGAUGGAGCUGAUCCCGAUGAACCAGCUGUGCGGCUUCUGCUGCUUCAGCAUGCGCUUCAUCGUCUUCAUCGACCUGCUCUCGACCAUCGUGCAGCCGGUCACGAUCGCGUACAUCGUCUACCUCAUCGUCCUGGUGAUCGAGAAGUCGACGGUGGUGCCCAUCACGGCCUUCGUGCUGCUCGGCGCCAUCUACGGCCUGCAGGCCAUCAUCUUCAUCCUGCGGCGCAAGUGGGAGAUGAUCGGCUGGAUGAUCCUGUACGUGCUCGCCAUCCCCGUCUUCAGCUUCGGCCUGCCGCUGUACGCCUUCUGGCACAUGGACGACUUCAACUGGGGCAACACGCGCGUCGUCGCCGGCGAGAAGGGCAAGAAGAUCGUCAUCUCGGACGAGGGCAAGUUCGACCCGGCCAGCAUCCCGCGCAAGAAGUGGGAGGAGUACCAGGCCGAGCUGUGGGAGGCCCAGACCAACGCCGGCGGCCUGCACGACGACGCCCGCUCCGAGAUCUCGGGCUACUCGUACGCCACCCGCCCCAACGUCCCCAUGUCCGAGUACGGCGGCUACACGCCCAACAGCCGGCCGGGCUCCAUCACGGGCUUCCACCACCAGGCGACCCCGCCGCUGCCGACCGCGCCGAGCCGCAUGUCGCUGGCCGCGUCCGAGAUGCUCCACGGCGGCAACGGCGGCAACGGCAACAACAACAGCAACAACAACCGGCAGAGCCAGUUCGGCGGGUCGCAGUUCCUCGGCCCGUCGCCGUCGCACCCGGAGCUGGAGAUGGCCAACCUGGCGGGCCUGCCCAGCGACGACGCGCUGCUGGCCGAGAUCCGCGAGAUCCUGCGCACCGCCGACCUCAUGACGGUGACCAAGAAGGGCGUCAAGCAGGAGCUGGAGCGCCGGUUCGGCGUGCCGCUCGACUCGAGGAGGGCUUAUAUCAACAGCGCAACGGAAGCGGUCCUGGCUGGGCAGUUGUAAAGCCAGCCAGCCUAUUGAUUCGAGUUUUCGGCUACACUGCUGGUUGUUUUGGGGUUGGUCCUCAACCGCCGCGAGGCUAUCUAGCUGGUUUCUGACCCCGACUCAUCUCAUCUGAUCUGAUCUGGCUUGUUGCUGU